CAAAAUGAUGACAUCUCUCUACCAGUACCACCCACCUAACUUCUGCAAAAAAUAUCUCUUCCUUUUCCUGUGGAAACAAGGGAUUCAUGCAUGGGGAGACAUAACAUGGAAGCUCCUCUUUUAGAUGAGAAGAACAACAACAGAAACAUUAUUCGGAACACUGCUCUCUGCUUCUUCUUUCUUCUUUUAACCCUUUCAAGCCUUAUAUUCAGAGACGACUUUAGCUACUUGUUGGUUAAAGGAGGAAACAAGUACAAUGAAAGGGUUGAAGUUGGUGGCCCCGACAGUGUCGAGUCAGAUCAGGGCGUUGUUGCCGCUGAUGAUGCUCGUUGUUCUAAAAUCGGUGCCCUUAUGCUCAAGAAAGGAGGGCACGCGGUGGAUGCAGCGGUGGCAACGGCAUUGUGCGUUGGAGUCGUCAACCCAAUGGCUAGUGGAAUUGGAGGUGGAGCUUUCAUGGUGGUUAGGUCUUCAUCGACUUCACAAGUCCAAGCCUUUGAUGCCAGAGAAACAGCUCCCUUAGCCGCUUCACAGAACAUGUACGAGAAUGAUAUGAGAACCAAGUACUAUGGUCCAUUGUCAAUGGGAGUUCCUGGUGAAAUUGCUGGCCUUCAUGAAGCUUGGUUGAGAUAUGGUCGAUUAGAUUGGAAGACACUAUUUGAGCCUGCAAUAAAACUAGCUAAAGAGGGAUUUAUGACUGCUCCUUAUCUUGGAUUAAGUAUUGCUGAGCACGAGCUGCUGAUCAUGAAUGAUCCCGGCUUAAAGCAGGUGUUUGCACCAGAGGGGAAGCUGUUACAAGCAGGUGAAAAAUGCUAUAAUGUAGAGCUAGCCCACACCCUUGAGGAAGUGGCAGAACAAGGACCAUGGGUUUUAUAUAAUGGAACUAUAGGAGAGAAAUUGGUAAAAGAUGUGAGACAGGUUGGUGGGAUUUUGACAAUGGAGGAUUUAAGGAAUUACAAGGUAGAGGUUACAGAUGCAAUGGCUGCAAAUGUGAUGAAUUACACUAUAUAUGGAAUGCCACCUCCUUCAAGUGGAACACUUGGGCUGUCUCUGGUUUUGAACAUCUUCGACAGCUAUGGAAGUGCCGAUGCCGCAAAGGGCGAUCUUGGAGUGCAUCGCCUGAUUGAAGCAUUGAAACACAUGUUUGCUGAAAGAAUGAACUUGGGUGACCCUGAUUUUGUUGACAUUACCAAAUAUGUAUCUGAAAUGCUUUCUGUUACUUUUGCAAAGCAAAUUCAGGAAAAGAUAAUUGACAACACCACUUUCCCUGCAAACUAUUAUAUGUACAGAUGGAGUCAACUCAGAGACCAUGGAACUAGCCAUUUCUGCGUCGUAGAUGCAGAACGUAAUGCCGUAUCGAUGACCACCACUGUAAAUUACCCUUUCGGAGCUGGAGUGUUAUCGCCUUCCACCGGGAUCAUUGUUAACAAUGAGAUGGGUGAUUUCUCAGCACCAACAGAGAUAUCUCCAGAUAUGCUCCCUCCUGCUCCUGCAAAUUUUAUUAGACCAAACAAGAGACCUCUAUCUUCCAUGACACCACUUAUUAUUACCAAGGAUAAUCAGCUGGCAGGAGUGAUUGGUGGCAGUGGUGGAAUGAACAUAAUACCAGCAGUAACCCAGGUUUUCCUAAAUCAUUUUGUAUUGGGGAUGGAACCUUUAGCUGCAGUUCAACAUCCAAGAAUCUACCACAAGCUAAUACCAAACCUAGUUUAUUACGAAAACUGGACUGUGAUUGAUGGGGAUCACAUCGAGCUUGCAGAUGAGACAAAGAUUUUCCUGAGAGAGAAGGGGCAUGAGCUGCGGGCCAAGUCAGGUGGGGCUAUCGUCCAGUUUGUUGUUCAAGCCCUCCAGAAAGACAUAGAAAGGGGCCGAAAAUUUGGAAAAGAUUUAUAUAUAUUUCAUGGAACAUUAACUGCUGUUAGUGACCCUAGAAAAGAUGGAAAGCCAGCAGCCGUCUGAAUAAGUUGAGAAGCAUUCAAAGCAAUAUGCCGUUAAAGAAAAUUAAAAUGCAAAGCUUUGUAUUCCCUUUUCUUUUGUUUAAGGUGCAAUGCAUAGAAAUGAAGGAUAAGGUGUUAGAUGGAGCAGGCUAAGUAGUUGCGGACACUUUCGGUGAGACGAGUCUGUUCUAGCUUCUUCACCGUCAAUAUGAAAUUUCUUGUAUGCAAGAACCAAGCUCCAUUAUUUUCCUAAAUUGUAUAUAGUUUUUGUUAUGUGCAAAUUGCAAGGUAUGGGACUUGUAUUCCGCAUAAGAAAAUAAAAGAUUUCCUAGUGGAGUUUA